GGAUUACUUUUCAUUCAGCCACACAUUAAUGAGUUUUGUUCUUAUUUUUUUUAACUGUGACGGUCACGGAUAGGUAGUGUUGUGUUAUGUGUAUGGACAAGUGCAGUUAAGGAUUAACAUUAUUUUGUGCAGUUUUUUGAUAGGCUGUAUUUGAAUAUAACUAGAAAAAUCUCUAUGAACGCUGCUACAAUAAACAUCAUGUCAAGAUCACCAAACAUUCUAGGAUUCCUGGUAGUUCUACUUACAUUGAGGGAAAUUCAUUGUGAUGCUCCACUUUCGGAUUCGGCAUCAUUACCUCUUGAACAUAGAGCCGUUUACGGCGCACCUUUGUCUGGUCCCGGUUACCUUCCUGCAGGAUUGUUGAGUCCGGGGGGAGGAGGGGGUGGAGGAGAUCCAAAUGAGGACCCAUGGCCAUUAACUACACCGGAAAAACCCCAAAUAAAACAUUUACAAGUGCAGUGCGAAAAAACUCAUAUGCGUGUAAAUAUGGAAUUCGACCGUCCUUUUUAUGGAAUGAUUUUCUCUAAAGGUUUUUACAGCGAUUCUCAUUGUGUUCAUUUGAAACCAGGCACAGGUCAUUUAAGUGCUACAUUCGAAAUCUUUUUAAAUAGUUGUGGCAUGAGCUCUUCGGUCAAUCAUAAUGCUGCUAGUUACGGUGGUGCUACGCCUAGUGGCAGUUAUGUAGAAAAUACAAUAAUUAUUCAGUACGAUCCUUACGUACAGGAAGUCUGGGAUCAAGCUCGUAAAUUGAGAUGUACGUGGUAUGAUUUUUAUGAAAAAGCUGUUACGUUUAGACCGUUUCAAGUUGACGUGUUACAUGCAAUUACCGCUAAUUUUCUGGGUGACAACUUACAGUGUUGGAUGCAAAUUCAAGUAGGAAAAGGGCCUUGGGCGUCAGAAGUAUCUGGUAUUGUUAAAAUUGGACAAACCAUGACGAUGGUAUUAGCGAUAAAAGAUGAUGAAAAUAAAUUUGAUAUGUUAGUAAGAAACUGCGUAGCUCAUGAUGGAAAAAGAGCGCCUAUUCAACUUGUUGACCAAUAUGGAUGUGUAGUAAGACCUAAAAUUAUGAGUAAAUUCCAAAAAAUCAAGAACUUUGGGCCAUCUGCUUCUGUUGUAUCGUUUGCAUAUUUCCAAGCAUUUAAAUUUCCUGACUCUAUGAAUGUACAUUUCCAGUGUGUUAUCCAAGUAUGUAGACAUAGUUGUCCUGAGCCAAAAUGCGGAUAUGGUUUAGGUUUAAGCACUGAAUAUGGUCUUCCUCCUGUAUCAAACGCCUUAGGUGGAGAUUUUGGAGCUCAUUCUGGAUUGAAUAACGAAUAUGAAUCUCCACCACCUAGUGAAUACGGAUUACCUCCUGCUUUCCCAGAUCCUAGGCACCCAGCUGGCCCUACGGGUGCUUAUUCUGAACAAAAUACAGAUGUAGUGCCGCCUCCACAAGCUCAAACAUCUUCUUCAUCGACUUCUAAUCCACCAAAUCUUUCUUCACCUGCACCUCAAGUUCUAGGACAAACUGGUGCAGAUCUUCACUUACCUCCUCCACCUCUAGGGCAUCACGGUAUUUACAAUACAGUGAAGAGAAAGAGUGGCAUUGCUGAGGAAUUUGAAGGUAAUUUGGCUACAUUGGGAGGCAGACCUAGAUUGAUUGAGAAUCCACCUAGUGAACUUCAAGGAGUGAGAAAACGGCGCAGUCCAGAAACAUUAUCUGUUAUUGUGAGUCACGUAUACAAACGUGAAGCUCAAGAGAUGACUGACGUUAAUACUAGUCGAAUAAUUCAAGUAGUGGCGCCAGGAGACGUGAAUUUUGCUUUGAAUGCUGCACAAAGCAACGAAACGGUAGUAAUACAAUCUACUUCGUCUCAAGAUUCCGAGACCAUAUGCAUGUCUGUUCCAAGCUUUGUUGCAGGAUUGGUAAUGUUGUUGCUUGUUCUUAUUGUGGCUAGUCUUGUCGCAGCUUUCUUAUUUGUACGAGUACGUGCAAUCGACAAAAAAGGAAUUGGUCAAUAUUUUAGUGGAGGAUAUGACAAUGCGGAGUUUGUGAAAGUCUCUAAUUGAAAACAGAUCUUGUAAGAAAAUCAACAAGAAAAGUUCUUCGGGUACAAAAGAAAUCCUAGAAAUGUAAUAUUGUAAAAUAAAAAUAUCAAACUGUUGGGGUCAAACAAUAAUUUUUAAACAAGUUUGUUUGGUUUAAAGGAUAACUGAUUCUGAGCUGUUAGUUUGUCAUUUAUAUUCAGAUUAGAGACCUCAAAUAUUUAAUUAUUAGAUUUGUAAUUGCUGUGUUUUAAAAUUUCCAAAGAUUUAUCACGUGAUAAAACAUGAAAGGUUAAAGUAGAUGCAGUGUGACAUAUAUUUUUUUAUGUCGCAAUUAUAUUAAAAAUUCCUGGUUCUUAUGAAGCAUUUACAUCUACUUAAAUUGACCUAAUUAACGUAUACAUAAUAAAUAUACACUUUUCUGAUAUAUUUACAAUUCAAAUGAGAAACUUUGUUGAAAAAUCAAAAACAAUAAAAUAAAUUUCUCUUUUGUUAAAUUCCAAGUCGUGAGAAACAACUCUUUUUAUUUGGUUCCGUUUUAAAGACCUGUACAUAGAAUUAGAUGUAGACAGAUGAACAGUGCUUGAAAAAAUUAGUUUUUGAAGAAAAAAAAAGAGUAUCGAUUUGGACAUCAGUAUUGGCUUUGAAUGGUAACCUAUUUCAGAAUCCUACGUACUUAUCAAGCAGUUAAUGCUCAAUAUGAUUUCUCAUGAUUUGAUUUUAGAUACGAAAUAGGUAACUUUUCCUCCCACCAUAUAGCCAUUUUAUUAUCAAUAUUUAUUCAUCUCAUUUUCUAAAUGGUACAUGAUAAAAAAACAUGCGAAUAAUUCAAAUCCCAUUGUUAUUUCUAUCAUGUUCUAAAAUCAUUUGUGUUAGCAAGAGCAUUAAUAAUCUGCUCUUGGCAACAUGAACUAAUUCUAGUUGUAGCAAAUUAUUUAUAUUAUAUUAAGUAGUAUUUAUGUAAUAAAAAUCAAUCAAUCAUAAUAUUUGAGCCCACUAAAAUAUAAGGGUUUGUUACAUGACAAUUCGAAUGUUAGCCCUGCUUUAAUAUGUUGUCGUCCGUUCACAAAAGCUAACCAAUUUUAUAGAACAUCCUAGUCUUAUAGCUCAUAGUACAUGUUACAAAUAAAAAUUCAACUAUAUACUCAAAACAGAAGUGUGAAUAUUUUUUAUUCUAUUUUACCAGAUUUUUUAAGGUUAUUUUUUCUCAUAUGGUAAGUUCACCACUCUCUAGUUGGGAAAAGCAUUUAGCCCUUCGUCAACAAUAUUAUUUGUGUACCAUCUACUAUAUGUAACAAAACUAUUUGAUUUUCAAGAUGGGAUAAUAUAUAAUUAGUUAAAAGGUAUUUCAAACAUUUAUAUUUCCCGUCUUUUUUAAGUGUCAUAAUGUACUUUUCUAUUUUGAAAGUUUAUAAAAAUUGUUAACUUAGAGAAACUCUGCAAUUUUGGUUGUCUGAAAAUUUUUAGAGUAUAAAAUAUUUAAGUGGAAUAAAUUGUUAAGUUAAA